AGAAACCUCGUACCACUACUCGAGGAUCGUUUACAUGCGAUAUUAAUGAAUUGAAAGCAAAUGAUCGUUUUAUUGUCGCUUUUGAAUUUCGCCUGUGGACGGCAACCCUUGCUGGGGUAAGAUAGCUAUGAUGAAUUGUUUGUUUUUGUUUCAACCCUUGCAGUGGUAAGAUAGCUAUGAUAAAUUGUUUGUUUUUGUUUCAACUCUUCCUGGUGUAAGAUAGCUAUGAUGAAUUGUUUUUGUUUCAACUCUUCCUGGGGUAAGAUCGCUAUGAUGAAUUGUUUGUUUUUGUUUCAACCCUUGCAGUGGUAAGAUAGCUAUGAUGAAUUGUUUGUUUUUGUUUCAACUCUUCCUGGUGUAAGAUAGCUAUGAUGAAUUGUUUUUGUUUCAACUCUUCCUGGGGUAAGAUCGCUAUGAUGAAUUGUUUGUUUUUGUUUCAACUCUUCCUGGUGUAAGAUAGCUAUGAUGAAUUGUUUUUGUUUCAACCCUUGCAGUGGUAAGAUAGCUAUGAUGAAUUGUUUGUUUUUGUUUCAACUCUUCCUGGUGUAAGAUAGCUAUGAUGAAUUGUUUUUGUUUCAACCCUUGCAGUGGUAAGAUAGCUAUGAUGAAUUGUUUGUUUUUGUUUCAACUCUUCCUGGUGUAAGAUAGCUAUGAUGAAUUGUUUUUGUUUCAACUCUUCCUGGGGUAAGAUCGCUAUGAUGAAUUGUUUGUUUUUGUUUCUGGUGUUAUGCACUCAGAUGAAGAUAUAUGUUUGUGACGUCUCUGAGCUCCAUACUGGGCAAGCUGAAAAGUUUGCUUGACCGCGGUGGGAAUCGAACCCACGACAUCUGGUUUGCCAGUCCAAUGCUCUACCAACCGAGCUACGAGGUCAAGUCGGUUCGAGUGGAUGAUAUAUCGGAACUAGAAUGAGUUCUAUCUAUUAUGAAAUAUACCUAUUAUGAAAUAUAUAAUAGCGAAGUCUUGAAUUUCUACCAAAACCUACUUCAUACUAAGACCUUCUUCCUACAAACACCUUCCUACCAAGACCUUCUUCAUCCAAGACCUCCUUCCUACCAAGACCUUCCGACAAAGACUUUCUUCCUACCAAGACUUUCUUCCUACAAAGGCCUUCUUCCUACCAAGAUCCUCUUCCUAUCAAGACCUUCUUCCUACAAAGACCUUCCUGCCAAGACCUUCUUCCUACCAAGACCUUCUUCGUCCAAGACCUUCUUCCUACCAAGACCUUCUUUCUACCAAGACCUUCCUACAAAGACUUUCUUCCUACAAAGUCUUUCUUCCUACAAAGACCUUCUCCCUACUAAGACCUUCUCCCUACUAAGACCUUCUUCCUACAAAGACUUUCUUCCUACAAAGGCCUUCUUCCUACAAAGGCUUUCUUCCUACCAAUACCUUCCUACCAAGAACUUCUUCCUACCAAUAUCUUCUUCCUACCAAGAUCUUCUUCCUACCAAGAUCUUCCUACCACGAUCUUUUUCCUGCCACGAUCUUUUUCCUGCCAAGACCUUCUUCCUGCCAAGACCUUCUUCCUGCCAAGACCUUCUUCCUGCCAAGACUUUCUUCCUACCAAGACCUUCUUCCUAACAAGAACUUCUUCCUAACAAGAACUUCUUCCUGCCAAGACCUUCUUCCUACCAAGAACUUCUUCCUACCAAGAACUUCUUCCUACCAAGAACUUCUUCCUACCAAGAACUUCUUCCUACCACGAUCUUUUUCCUGCCAAGACCUUCUUCCUGCCAAGACCUUCUUCCUGCCAAGACCUUCUUCCUGCCAAGACCUUCUUCCUACCAAGACCUUCUUCCUAACAAGAACUUCUUCCUAACAAGAACUUCUUCCUGCCAACACCGUCUUCCUGCCAAGAUCUUCUUCCUACAAAGACCUUCUUCCUACAAAGACCUUCCUACCAAGAACUUCUUCCUACCAAGACCUUCUUCCUAACAAGAACUUCUUCCUAACAAGAACUUCUUCCUAACAAGAACUUCCUGCCAAGACCAAGACCUUCUUCCUGCCAAGACCUUCGUCCUGCCAAGACCUUCUUCCUGCCAAGAACUUGUUCCUACCAAGAACUUCUUCCUGCCAAGAUCUUCUUCCUACAAAGACCUUCCUACAAAGACCUUCUUCCUACCAAGAACUUCUUCCUACCAAGACCUUCUUCCUGCCAAGACCUUCUUCCUGCCAGGACCUUCUUCCUGCCAAGACCUUCUUCCUGCCAAGAUCUUCUUCCUACAAAGACCUUCUUCCUGCCAAGACCUUCUUCCUAACAAGACCUUCUUCCUAACAAGACCUUCGUUCUACAAAGACGUUCUUCCUACCAAGAACUACUUCGUACCAAGACCCAGUACGCGGUUUAUGCCGUUUGGAAAUCUACCACACCCAGGAGUAUUUUGAAAUUGCUGCCCUUUGUCUCUUUUGCACAGCAAGGAAUAACUUCAUGAAUCGCAUAAUUAUUAAUUAUACUAGUUUAGUACUGAAAGUAUUAAAUGAGCACUAAUUUAACUGCAUUAAAUUCUGUUUUAGGCAUAAUAUUAAUAUUUUUGUUUUGCAGUACCAUUCCAACGAUCUUGUUGUGGGAAUAGAAGCGAACGCCGAGUACGUGGACUCUCUUAAUAAGACACAAGUGUCACGAGAAUUAGGCGUGGUAAGUUGCCGUUGUCAUACUGUGUGCAUUUUGUCAUGAUGUAAACUAUGGCAACAACAUUUUUUCUUCUUAAUUAAAAACAUAAACGUUCUCUGACUAAAUUUAUUUAAAACGAGCUUUCGACUACCUAACUGUAGUCUUCAUUCCGCUUUACCCGUCGAAGACUACAGUUAGGUAGUCGAAAGCUCGUUUUAAAUAAAUUUAGUCGGGGAACGUUUAUGUUUUUAAUUAUGUCUAAACCUGGCUACGCUAUCUCCAUAUUUUUUGUUCUGUUUGCCGAGCUAUGCUACAUUGGAGUUGGAAAAUGGCGUGAAAAAUAUCUAAAACGUUUUCUGUAGUCUUUGCAUAUUUUUAUUCAAGCCCUUUUUUCAAACCAUAUGAGAUGGUUCCUCCAAGGUUCCUCUGUAUGAGAUCGCCCGGAUGUGUAGUUGUAUACCAAAUACCUCAUACACAUUGAUGAAAACACCCAAAAAACGCUUAAAUUAAACGACUUUCACAUAAAAUUCACGAAAUUCAAAUAUACCAAAUGCAAUUAUUCAAUGUAAAUAUACCAUACACCUGUAUUAAGAAUCCAUAAGAUACUUUAAUCCCCCAAACCCCCUGACAGACCCCAUCUGUGUCAAUCGUAAUAUUAUAGCUCAGUGGUAUCAAUCCUAAUUGUAUAAUAUUGAUGUUUCAGGUUAGCAUUCGUGUUUCCCCUGAGAACACACCUGCAAAAUCUAAAUCAACUCCAGUCUGGGUUAUCAUUGUGGCUGUGCUGGGUGGAAUCUUGUUGCUUGCUCUUGCCAUUUUGGCUUUGUUUAAGGUGACUGAUACAAAUAUUUUAAUGAUAAUAGCAAUUGAAAAGAAAAGUGUUUUGUACAGAUCAAAACUUUAUUCUGAAAGUCGAUGUGAUUUAUUUCAAAAUCUGUUUCCAAGUUUGUAUUGAAAAUUAGACAAUGUCUACAAAAUAUGUUAUGACGCCAAUUUUUAUCUCUCUUGUAUUCUAGCUUGGUUUCUUCAAAAGAAAUCGACCUCCACAAGACAUAUCUUCCCCACAGACUGACGACACACCACCGAUCGUGGCAUCCUAGUUUUCAAAUUAAUACCUUUGGUAAAGAUUAAAAUUAUACUGAGUGAUCAAGAGUUAAGAAUUGAUUAAUUUACUGUAUGAAAGUGGGUUUAAUGCUCCAAACCAUACUCCAUAGAAAUUUUGAUUGCAUGUGUAUCAUAAUUUUACAUAUUUUUAUUUGUUGAUUGUAGUUUAGUGCACGAAAUUAAAUUUGCAUGCGUAGAUACUAAUAAUUUGGAACAUUAUUUGGAAUUUGGAAUAUUAGCUAAGGUCGGCAAAAGCAUUGAGAAGCAGUCCAAAUUGCUGUCCUAAUUGUAAUUAUGGAGGAUUAUUUUUUGCUGUCUUUAAUAUUUCUGAUAAUAUAUGCAUGCUUGAAAGGAAAUGUCAUAUAGAGUUGUAUGUAUACUUUUUGUAACUUUUUGUAAUACUUAUUUUCAUGUUUCUUGGAGAUGUAAAUAAAUUUUUUUGCAUCUAGUAAUAAUUAUGCAUGUUGAUUUUAAA